AUGCCACCCAACGAAGCAAUUAUAGAGCAAGCGAUCGCUCAAUUGAAUCGACAAUUGAUUCCUAAAUAUGCUGAGGUUGCAAAGGAAUUCGGAAUCAAUCGCGUUACCUUGAUGCGGCGGUUCAAAGGUCAACAGGUCUCCAGAACAGAGGCAACAUCAAUCUACUGUCAGAAUCUCACGAAUACUGAAGAACAACGCCUCCUAUUUCAUAUUAAUCAGUUAUCCAAUCGCGGCUUCCCUGUAACACUUCAAAUACUGCGCAAUUUUGUAUUUGAGAUCACCAAAAUGCAAUUGCAGGAGAAGAUCAAGCAGUAUAAUAUCCUACCCCAGAACACCUACAAUUUCGAUGAAAAAGGCUUUCUUCUUGGCCUCCUUCGUACCCUCAAGCGAAUCGUUUCUAUAGAAGCUCUCAAACGGAAGCAUACAAUUGGAGCAGUGCAGGAUGGCAGUAGAGAAUUCAUUUCUCUGCUUGCCGGUAUUUGUGCAGAUGGAACUACAAUUCCACCUGCACUCAUUUACCGCGGGGAAUCAAGAGAUAUGCAAGAUACGUGGCUUGAAGAUUUUGAUUCUAAAAAGGAUCAGGCAUACUUCGCUGCUUCAGAAAAUGGAUGGAGUAAUGAUGAAUAUGGGUUAACCUGGCUGAAACAGCGUACACCUACAUCUAUACGAGCUUUGCGAGGCCUGAUAAAGCAGGCAAGCCAACGUCACCGCCGACUUUCAGUUGAUAUUAAAAGAAUUCUCCGCGCUGGGGAGAAUAUUGCUCUGGACAGAGAGGUUCUCUUAAUAGAGAAUAAGAAUCUUCAGACUGCUCUAAAUAAUGAGAGAAGGCGACGCAAACGGGAGAAGCAACAGCGAGAUGAACAGAAGCUUCAACUGCAAAAAGAGAAGGAAGAACUUGGCAAAGAAGGCACUCGCGGAGGCCUCAAAGAGGCCUACAAGAAGAUCAACAGUGGGCUCAAAACACCGUAG